AUGAAUGUCAAAAUUUAUCAGAUGAGCAGUUUGAAUAAAAUUUAUAUAAAUGCAAUAAUAAAUAGGGAACUAAAUAAAGAUGAAAGUAUAGUUCUAGCAUAUAAAUAGAUAUAUAGAUAUAUAAUGAACCAAUAAAUUUUAGAUAGACAGACACACCCAAAAAUAAAAAUAAUUAUUGGAGUAGUUUAUCAUAGCGGCUAAAUAAAUUAAAGCAAUCAUAAAUUUUAUGAUAAAUCUUGA